GUCACAAUUUUAAUUUGCGAAACUUUGUUCAGACAAAAAGUGAAAAUGUUAACUUUUGUACAAUUGUGUUUAAUUAUUUUUAUUAAAGAACACCUUGCUACUCCGUCACCGCCAAAUCCAUCACCAGAAACUUUGUUGAUGAACCAUCUGUUAUCUAAUUAUCACCCUGAUGCACGUCCUAGUUCCAGUGUUACUAAACCAGUGAACCUAACAUUUGACAUUGCCUUGAGGCAGAUGCUGGAUAUGGACGAAAAACAGCAGAUAAUGACAACCAGUGUCUGGAUUAGACAUUAUUGGAAUGAUCAGUAUUUAAGAUGGAAUCCUGCAGAAUGGUCAAACGUUUCUUACUUCUCUAUUGGUCCAGACAAAAUAUGGAAGCCGGAUAUCACACUGUACAAUAAUGCUGAGAGAGAAUUUCAAGGUUUUGAUGAUUUUGGAAAGACAAGAGUUAAUGUCUACAGUACGGGCGAUAUUGUGUGGUUAAUUCCAAUGAUUCUAAGGACUGAAUGCAAAAUGACAAUGACGUAUUUUCCAUUUGAUGUGCAACAUUGUCCACUUAUGUUCGGAUCGUGGGCGUAUGACGGUCUUGCAUUGGAUGUAUAUAACAAAAACCCAACCGGAGAUCUCAGUUCAUUUUCCAAAAGUGGAGAAUUCAAAAUAGACGGUUUAGAAGCUAAAAGAGUAUCGGCAAAAUAUGCUUGCUGUCCAAAUCCAUAUGUCACUGUCACAUAUACAGUUCGAUUGCAUCGAAGAGUAAAAUUCUACUUCUACAAUCUGAUAAUACCUGGAGUGCUCAUUGCUGUGUUGUCCUGCUUCUCUUUUCUUUUACCACCAUUGUCUGGUGAAAGAACUGGUCUUAUUAUUACAAACUUUCUCUCCUUGUCUGUGUAUGUGUUAAUGGUGUCUGAUUCAGUUCCACCCAGCUCAGAUAGUAUACCACUUAUUGUAAGAUUUUACACGGUAAUGAUAAGUGAGAUCGCAUUGGCAUUGGUUGUCAAUUGCAUGGUCAUUCCCCUUGCUGAUCGAAAGGUACCCGUGCCAAAAUUAGUUAAAGAUCUACUACUGGGAAAAAUCUCGAAGUAUGUUCUUUGCAACAAGAAACAUAGUGAAUCAAAAGAAAUGCGUUUCGAAGCUGAAAAUGACGCCUUUAGCAUAUUCGAUGAUGAUGCCAUAGUUGAAGAGAAAUUGAAGAAAGCAAAGGAGAUUAAUGGUUUUAUCCCGAAGAUAUUGAAGAGAAGCAGGUACGACUCACAAUUUGAAGAAAUUACUUUGAAAUACCUCAAAACCAUUAAAAACUUUUUAAAAGAAGAUUCUCACUCAAAACAAAUUGAAGAUGAUUGGACGGAAGUGGUUAACAUACUUGAUAGAAUUUGUUUCAUUACAUUUACAGUCGCUGUGAUAAUUAGUGGUGUUGUGUUGAUGUUUGAAGCGCCAGAUGUAAAUCUGUGAUUGGUACAAAUAUAUCGUCCAGGACAUUUUCAAGAACAGGGAAUCUGAUUUUAAUAGUAAAUCACAUGUGCCAACAACCAAUCCAAAUACAAUAAAUCUAGGCUGGAAAGUAAUUAACUAGCUAUGAUUACUUGCAAGAACGAAAUUAUUUAAACACGUGAUACACACGUGACAUACAGUAAUUAAAACAUGAAAAUCUAACAGUUGGAAAACACAUUUUUUCAUAUACAUAUUGUAUGAAUUAUAAACGUUUCGUAUCUGUGGUGCAUGUAGAUUGAUAUACACAAACUAGAAAUGUUUUUGACAUUUUUGUGCCACUUAGACAGAGCCAAAUUUCUCUGUCCUGAGUUCACGUUAUUUGAUGUUUUUAAAGCUAUUUCGUAGAAGAAACUUUAGCAUGAGACAAGGGAAAUAUAUUAGCAUAAUAAUUUCUUACUGA